AUGGCGCCCAAGAUCGACCCCAACGAGAUCAAGGGCAUCUUGAAUCACCACCCAGCCGCAUCCUACGCCUUGUCCGCCACUUCGCCCAGCGAUGAUGCGCUCGCAUACAUCCACAGAAGGAGUUUGCCAUCGACUUGGCAUCUGGCUCCAGGAUGGAAGAACCAGCUCGAGCGACUGCCGAUCCAGUUUCUCUCGCGCUGGCUGCCCGUCUCGGUGUCCAUCAUCUACCUCCGUGCCACCGGUGGUGAGGUCGGUGCCUCUUCGGCGCUUGCCCCCAAGAUCGGUCCUCUUGGUCUCUCGCCCAAGAAGGUCGGUGAGGACAUCGCCAAGGCCACCGGCGACUGGAAGGGUCUCCGCGUCACCGUCCAGCUUACCGUCCAGAACCGUCAGGCUGCCGUCUCGGUCGUCCCCUCGGCCUCCUCGCUCGUCAUCAAGGCGCUCAAGGAGCCCCCUCGCGACCGCAAGAAGGAGAAGAACAUCAAGCACGGUGGCAACAUCGCCCUCGAGGAGAUCGUCGAGAUCGCCCGCAAGAUGCGCUUCAAGUCGUUCGCCAAGUCGCUCGCCGGCACCGUCAAGGAGAUCCUCGGCACCGCCCAGUCCGUCGGCUGCACCGUCAACGGCCAGAACCCCCACGCCAUCAUCGAGGGCAUCGACGCCGGCGAGAUCGAGAUCGACGACGAGUAA